AUGCGUUCCCAGUCCUUCCUCGUCGCAGCCUUGGCCGCUUCCGUCUCUGCCCAUGGCACACUGUUGUCUAUUGAGGGUUCCAACGGCGUCACCAUGCCCGGUCUUACCAUCGCCGAUGGCACUCCCCGAGACUGCUCUUCAAACGGCUGCGGCUCCCAGGCCGACACCGCCAUCAUUCGUGAUCGCGAGAUCGCCUCCGGCAAGGCCAGCCCUCUCGGUCGCACUCAGGGCAACGGCAAGGUCGACGCCUCUGUCAUGAUCAACAACUUCAUGGGUGGUGACGCAGCUCCCAAGAGCGCUGGUAAGGCCGCCGCCACCGGUGUCGAGGAUGAUAUCCCCAACAUCAAGCGCGCUGAGCUCUACGUUCGCCAGGGCAUUGCCGGUCUCUUCGGAGGUGGCAAGACCCAGGGCAAGAAGGGUAACGGCCCUCCCGAGGCCCGCGUUGCCGCGAGCGCCGGCGUGGGCGCCUCCGAGGGCAUGCCCACCUGCGCCGAUGACGGCACCAUCACCAUGACGUUCCGCCAGAUCAACCAGGACGGUGCUGGUCCCUUGACCGCCGACGUCGACGGCACCUCCGGUGGUACCAAGGAGUCCGCCAUGCAGAAGGCCAAGGUCACGACCGAUGUCCCGGGACUCGGCGUCCAGGGCCUCUCGCUCGCCACCAACACCGACUUCCCCGUCAAGGUCCAGAUGCCCGCCGGCAUGACCUGUGACGCCACUGUCGGCAUGGCCACCAACGUCUGUGUCGUUCGUGUCCGCAACGGUGCUGCUGCUGGUCCCUUCGGUGGCUCCGCUGCUUUCACCCAGACCGCCGCCGGCCGCAAGCGCGCCAUCGCCUACCGUCUCAAGAAGCGCAUGGAGUUCAACAACCGCGCAUAA